GUUGUUCCCCAGCCCUGGCGGGCGGGCAGAAUGGUUCACUCCAGCAUGGGGGCUCCAGAAAUAAGAAUGUCUAAGCCCCUGGAGGCCGAGAAGCAAGGUCUGGACUCCCCAUCAGAGCACACAGACACCGAAAGAAAUGGACCAGACACUAACCAUCAGAACCCCCAGAAUAAGACUUCCCCAUUCUCCGUGUCCCCAACUGGCCCCAGCACCAAGAUCAAGGCUGAAGACCCCAGUGGUGACUCAGCCCCAGCAGCACCCCCACCCCCCCAGCCGGCUCAGCCACAUCUGCCCCAGGCCCAGCUCAUGCUGACGGGCAGCCAGCUAGCUGGGGACAUACAGCAGCUUCUCCAGCUCCAGCAGCUGGUGCUUGUGCCAGGCCACCACCUCCAGCCACCUGCUCAGUUCCUGCUGCCACAGGCCCAGCAGAGUCAGCCAGGCCUGCUACCAACGCCAAAUCUAUUCCAGCUACCUCAGCAAACCCAGGGAGCUCUUCUGACCUCCCAGCCCCGGGCUGGGCUUCCCACACAGCCCCCCAAAUGCUUGGAACCACCAUCCCACCCCGAGGAGCCCAGUGAUCUGGAAGAGCUGGAGCAGUUUGCCCGCACCUUCAAGCAACGCCGCAUCAAGCUGGGCUUCACGCAGGGUGACGUGGGCCUGGCCAUGGGCAAACUCUAUGGCAACGACUUCAGCCAGACGACCAUUUCCCGCUUCGAGGCCCUCAAUCUGAGCUUCAAGAACAUGUGCAAACUCAAGCCCCUCCUGGAGAAGUGGCUCAACGAUGCAGAGACUAUGUCUGUGGACUCAAGCCUGCCCAGCCCCAACCAGCUGAGCAGCCCCAGCAUGGGUUUCGACGGGCUGCCCGGCCGGAGACGCAAGAAGAGGACCAGCAUAGAGACAAACGUCCGCUUCGCCUUAGAGAAGAGUUUUCUAGCGAACCAGAAGCCUACCUCAGAGGAGAUCCUGCUGAUCGCCGAGCAGCUGCACAUGGAAAAGGAGGUGAUCCGCGUCUGGUUCUGCAACCGACGCCAAAAGGAGAAACGCAUCAACCCCUGCAGCGCGGCUCCCAUGUUGCCCAGCCCAGGGAAGCCGGCCAGCUACAGCCCUCACCUGGUCACACCCCAAGGGGGUGCAGGGACCCUACCAUUGUCCCAAGCUUCCAGCAGUCUGAGCACAACAGUUACUACCUUAUCCUCAGCUGUGGGGACACUCCACCCCAGCCGGACAGCUGGAGGGGGUGGGGGUGGGGGCGGAGCCGCACCCCCCCUCAAUUCCAUCCCCUCUGUUACUCCCCCACCCCCGGCCACCACCAACAGCACAAACCCCAGCCCUCAAGGCAGCCACUCUGCUAUCGGCUUGUCGGGCCUGAGCCCCAGCACGGGCCCUGGCCUCUGGUGGAACCCUGCCCCUUACCAGCCUUGAUGGCAGCGGGAACCUGGUGCUGGGGGCGGCCAGCGCAGCCCCAGGGAGCCCUGGCCUGGUGACUUCGCCGCUCUUCUUGAACCACGCUGGGCUGCCCCUGCUCAGCGCCCCGCCAGGUGUGGGCCUGGUCUCAGCAGCAGCUGCGGCCGUGGCGGCCUCCAUCUCCAGCAAGUCUCCUGGCCUCUCCUCAUCCUCUUCAUCUUCCUCCUCCUCCUCCACUUGCAGUGAGGCAGCAGCACAGACCCCUGGAGGCCCAGGGGGACCCGAGGCAGGGUCCAAGCCUGAGUGAGGGCCUGCCAUGCCUCCCCUCCCACUCCUCUGACCCCCCCCCACCUCAGUCUUCUGCCUGGGAAGAGGGCCAGGAGGUCAGUAGUGGGGGUAUGCAGUGCAGUGGGUCCUUGGAGCAGGAGUGACAAGGGAGGAAAGACCAAAAAUUCAACCAAAAAAAAAAAAAAAAGGAAGAAACUAACCAACAAAAAACCAAAAAUAAUCACAACAGAAACCAGCUGCCCCAAAGGAACCAGAGAAGAAAACAAACCAAAAAACCAAAACCAA